AUGUUAAAAACACCCAGCUCUUGGAGGGCUUGUGCAUUAUACACCGACCUUCAAGUAUCGGCAUCAAACUCGAGUGAAUAUAGAGCAGCACAUGCCGCUGCGGUAGGGCAGGAAACGGGCGUGUGGGCCACCGCUGUCUUCGGCAAAUUUAAUCAUAGGGGUCUUGGCAGGGGCUGCAUGCAUUUUGAAGUCUCAAGAAACGAAAGACUGCCUGACUUGAGGUCAUGUGGCUGGCCAAUUACCAGUCACAUCGAUACAAUUGGAAGAGCUGCAGGAUUCAUAGCUUUAGUUGAUGUGGAUGUGUACAGAUCAAUUCUACCAACAUGGAUGAGAAGAAAGUCAGCACACUUUGCUGAAAUUAUUCUCAAGAUUCAUCUUGAACAGGUGAAAGCAGACGCAGAUCUCAUACGUAUCCGCCCAAGAGAUCUAGAGCAGAAACGGCAUUCAUUUCUGGAGAAAAAUGGUUGCUCAUCACGCUUUCUGCCUUGUUUUGAAGCAGGUGACCUUUAUCCCCGGAAAAUGGAGGAUUCUAUCAACGCCCCAAUACCAGCACGUAAAACUAUGUUUCCACUCCUGUGCCUUUCGUCAAAAUCCAUCAUUGAAGCUGCGAACGGCAGGACCUUUGAAGAUGACCCGAGACAUCUCUUUCCGUCAAGCCCGAAUGAAUCAAUAGCCAAAGCCAUAUCCUCUUUGUUGGAAGCGGCAUCACCAUCUUGGUGCCAACCUGGAAACUUUGUUGAGGAACAGCCAAAGGAACUAGCAAAGGCACUUUCGGGAGCUGGAACUCCUGUGAGAUUGUAUGCUCAGUACUAUAUAUUGAGAUCGGCUUAUGUGACUGUGAUGAUGACAAUGCCUGGUGAAUUGUGGCCGGGUUUAGAGGAUACUAAACAUGUUACUGCUCUUGCUUACUUGGCAUGA